AUGCCUUCGCAACAACAUCCAAGAGCUCAAUUUGUGCCUCUAUCACCUAAUAUCGAUCUCGAUACUCUAGUGAAUGAUAACCCAAGCUUCGAUCAUGUUCGCAGAGUUCCUCAAUCCGAUCUGGAGUCACAUACUGUUCAAAGUCUUGAGCAAUUGGUGCAUUAUCAUGUGGUUCAAGAAGGAAGACCCCUUGUUCUUGAAGGAUGGGGCUCCUAUAUUCCACCUUCGUUAUUCUCCUCGAAAUGGCUAGAAGAUAAUCUGGGUAAAGAGGUACAAAGGGUUCGAGACAUUACCAAUAGCAUUGACCUUCAGAUGACUAUGGGACAUUACCUUCGUUCGAUGGGCCAACUAACAAAUCAAUUCACCCCUCAAACCUUCCGAGACCCAAAACGACAACGACUCUACCUGAAAGAUAUCGACUGCCCUGCUGAAUGGGUAGACAACCUGAAAGAUGUUUUGCCGGAAGCCUUUUUCUACCUCAAUGAUUGUAUCGAGUCCCGAACUGGUGGCGAUGGAGCAAUCCGCGAGCCCAACGAAUUCGGUCAGAUGCGAUUUGGAAAAGGAGUUGCGGCUGCAGGUGAUUUGAUGAGCAGUCUUCCAACGAAUAUGCAAGCUUUGAAUAUGAUGUGUUAUAUUGGUCACGAAGGUACUUAUACUCCAGCUCACAGAGAAAUGUGCGCAAGUUUGGGACACAAUCUCAUGGUUGAAACUUCGACUGCCGACAACGGGGAACGGCCUGGGAGCUCAAUCUGGUUCAUGACCGAGUCUAAGGAAAGAGAUAUGGUAUCGGAAUGGUUCGUUUCGAAGCUUGGUCACGAUAUAGAAGUUGAAAAGCACUUUGCGCAACUGAACGCCUGGAGAAAAGCCCCAUUCAAUGUUUGGGUGACCGAGCAAAAGGCUGGAGACCUAAUCUUAAUUCCACCUCUUGCUCCUCAUCAGGUCUGGAAUCGCGGAACUCGGACAAUGAAGGCUGCAUGGAAUCGAACGACUGUCGAUACGCUUGAGCUUGCCAUCCAUGAAGCACUUCCUCGUGCUCGUCUCGUUUGUCGCGAUGAACAAUACAAGAAUAAGGCCAUCAUCUAUUACACGCUAGACAAGUAUUAUAACUUGCUUACACGAGAUACGGUCGAGCCAAAGAUGUGGAUGAGACCUGGAAGUCGAAUUCGGCAGGUUAUGGAAGAUUUCAAACGCCUAUUCCAACUCUAUACCGAAGUGCUAAUCAGCGAAUUGUUUUCCCGCGCGCGCGCCGUGAAGAACGUGGAGUUUCUACCAUACGACUCAAACGUCACUUGCUCAUACUGUCGAUGCAAUAUCUUCAAUCGCUUCUUGACUUGCAAAUCAUGCAUCCUCACGGCUCCCACGGGAGAGGAAGAUACGUAUGAUAUUUGUAUGGAGUGUUACGCUAUGGGUCGUUCUUGUGCUUGCAUCUCCUGUUUGGAGUGGGUAGAGCAAUGGAAUGAGAAAGAACUCAGACAAAACUAUGAACUGUGGCGCGGUGUGGUUAUAAACUUCGAAGGCCUUCAUGAAGAUUCACCUAAACCUCUGGAAGAUGAGAGAGAUAAAACUGGCAAGAAAACUGUUGCUCAAAUAUGCCAAGAACAACUUGCCCUUCGGCCAUGGAAAGAUAUCACCAAGCCGGAGGUCAUAGAGCCAUUAGACGGCGAAUCGGAUGUUGAGCCAGAAGCUGAUGAUGAAGGACGCCUAAAGAAGCCAUACAAAAAGCCUUCUAGGCGAGCCAUCACCAUUGGAAUUGGCAAUCUGCGCGUUGUGCCACCUGUUCCACAUCUUAUUGCUACGGAACUCUGUGGCGAGCGUUUGACAUGCCGGAGAGAUCCGAAACAAACCCCGUAUACUCCCAAGGGAACACUUCUUGGACAUGAUACCAAGAAGGUGGCUGAUUACAGGAGCGUUGAAAGUCUAGUUGACUUUGCGAAAACGAAUCUUUCUUGGUUGAAACACGAAGACGAAAAUCAGCCAAAUCCACAAGAAACGGGAAGAAUGAGGAGAUUGAGAGAAAAAGCUGAAAAGCAUAAAGCUCAGGAGCCUACUAUUGAUAAUAGUUAUCUUGGAUAUGGGGAAGAAGCUUUCUACCGUGAGGACGACCCAGAGGAUAACCAUUUCAAUAAUAUGGCAGACAUUGAUCCUUCACUUCGUGAUGACACAAAUCAGCCACCUCAACUUGAAACCAACGGGCUCCAUCCCUCUUGGAAUCAGACUCAGGAGCCUUCUGAAUUUACUCUCGAGGAGCAGAUCCACCAGCAGUUGGGAGCUCUCGACGCACACCAUGAUCUGGACGAUGAUUAUCAUGCUGAAAUGCACGGCCCUAGCGGAGCAGCACAAUAUCCAUCGAAACUUCUAGCACCAGUCGCACCUAUGGUUUCUUGGGAAUCAGCGCUACCUGAUCCUCAAACACCUUUUAAUAAGCCCGCCAGCAUGAUGGGUGGCAAUUAUUACCCGACAGAAAUUGGCAUGGACGGCAUUCUCUAUGAUUCUCCGAAAUCUGACUUAGAACCAAUGGAAAUGGAUACUAUUAAUCCUGCAGACCUUUUGGCUUCACUCGAUCAGUUUCGUAGCGUUACAAAAAAGAGAAAGCGCCUCAAUUCUGAGGGUAUUCCAGAGGACGAUGACGAGGAUGUAGAAUUCGUCGCUUCCAGGCGCCACAGGAAGGCUAAACCCAAGGUAGUUGAUGCAGAAACAGAGCCAGAACCGGAUAGUAUUUCUCGACCUGAGCAUCGUCCAUCGCGUGUUAGCAAACGUCAAGAUUACACUGAGCCUCCACUAGCAGAAGUAGAGAAUCUGUCAAGCUCGGAAGAAGAGACUGAGCCGCAACCGACUUCACGACAGAGCUUAAUUUCCAACGUUGGUCAGGCAUCCGAUGACGUCGAUCUCGCAGCAAAAGCUUUCAGUUAUUUCACCAAAGACCAGACAACAGAGAAAGCCGGCACUACACCCAUCUCGAAUGGUAAGAGAAAGCGUGGUCGACCGAGUCUCGCAUCUAGAGUGGCGGCUUCUCCUAGUAUGGCUGCCUCCCCUGGUCCAUCGAAGUCAUCUGCGUUUGUCAAACCUCCUCGGAAGUCUACAUGGCUUUCAAGAAAUGAUGGCGCGGGUGACGAGGAAGAGUAUCCUUCUGAAUUACCAGUCACGAGAGCCAGAACCUCGCGCAAUAGUGCGCCAUCAGAGAAGAAGCCCAGGGCUACUCGGCAAACUAUCACUGAUGCGUCCGGCGACGGAAGCGGAGUCGAAGCUGACAGCGACGAAUUCGAAGACAAGCCUAGGAAGACACGGAGAACCCGUCAAAGCACGGUGUCAAGAGAGCCAAAAUUGCACGUCGACAAAUCCGAUGAUGAAUCCGAGAAGGCUAGCGAAGAUUAUGGCGAAGAAGUCAGCGAUGGUAGUCUUUUCGGCAAUAAUGUGAAUAAUGCGGUCAGUCCAGUUAGCCCAGAAAUGUCUGAAGAGGAAGAGCAAGCAAACGAGAACAUGGUUGAAGAUCCCUAUGAUAGUGCGACGGCAGCUGAAGUUAUCGAAGCACAAUUGGCAGAUCCUUCCGUCCAUACAUCUAUUGAGGAGCCAGUGGUUGUCAAGAGGCGAAGAGGCCGACCACCGAAGAAGACACAAAAUACACCAAUUCCUCCACGCCCUGCCCCCGAGUUACGAUCACCAUCCUCAUCUAAAUCGCCUCCACCUCCUGGUGGCUCUACUUCCAUGGUUGGUCGGCCUAGCCAGUUUCUUUCACUUCGUGAAAAGCUCGCACUCAAAGGGAAGAAGAUGAAGAUUGUCUCACAACAAUCAAAGCAAAUGAACUACGACGAACAACAGCCAAGACAAUCAGCUACGCCUAGUACCAAGAACACGUCGCUCAUGGAAGUCAAUCUCACCAAACAGUCGCCGUUGUCCACCCCCAUUAAUGGGGCGUUUUCCAACGAUAUGACUACUCAUCCACAGACACUCUCUAGGACAUCUUCAGCUGUAAACUCACACCACCAAUCCGCAAGUCGCAAUGGAACACCAGGUAUGACGAUUAACCCAACACCAGGUGCCCAGGACGGACCGUCCCAUACUUUAUCCUCAAGCGAUAGAAGUAUCUCGGCACAGCCUGUUAAGAAUGGAUCGACUGUCGUGCGUCUUGAUAACGAUAAUGAGAACAAGCAAGUAAAGAAAGGUCCCACAAUCGUCCGACUCAUGGAAUCAGAGUCAGAGUCCGAUUCCGAACAUGAUGGCAACCCAGGACCGAAAAAUCCCAGCCCAUCAAAAUCUGGCAGGAAGGGAAGUUUUAGUGAGGAAUCAGAUGGAGAAGGUUGGUCCAGUUCAGACGGCGAUAUUCCGGCUGUGAAACCGGUCAAGGAUGUUCAAUCAUCACCGGUAUCUCCUCAGCAAUUGAGAUCACCAGUUGCAGCUAGGGGGAGAGGUAGACCUCCUCUCCGUAGAUGA